UCAACACUAUAGGAUCAGCGCAUGUGUGUGGUGUGUGUGUCAGCAGCAGCAGCAGCAGCUCGGCACCGCGGACAGGUCGGACCUCGGGAUGGGAGAGGAGAGGCGGCUGCUGGGGCUCUGACACGGACACGGACACGGACACGGGGAAGGAUGGCUCUCAGCGGCCGGGACAUGUUCUUCUGGGUCGGCACCGCCUGCCUCUGGCUGCCGCUGCUGGCGGAGGUUGUGGCUGAGGACAGUUACUUAAACGAGGUGCAGAAUUCAGUGCCUCUGUCCUGCUCCGAGGGAUUCACAGAGCUGGGAUACUACAACGGCACCGUGUCCCAGACGGACUCUGGCGCCCCCUGUCUGAAGUGGACCGAGUUUCCAGACUAUGUCAUGCAGUACCCGGGCCGUGGUCUGGGGGACCACAGCUACUGCAGGAACCCGGACCGAGAGUCCAACCCCUGGUGCUUUUUCAGACAAAACUCCGGCGCCAUCGGCUGGGCGUACUGCGACUGUCACCAGGGUGCGGCCCGUCUGGUCGGCAGCUCCUCCUCUGGCAGCGGGCGGGUUGAGGUCUACCUGAACGGCCAGUGGGGGGCAGUCUGUAACUCUCACUGGACGGACAGGGACGCCAGCGUAAUCUGCAGGCAGCUGGGUUCAGGGGACAUCGGCACCGCGCUGCAGCACUCCCAGUUUGGAUCGGGCUCCGGCCUCUUCCACUACGAGCGUCUGGGUUGCCGUGGCGACGAGGACACCCUAAGUAAAUGCCGUAGCCGGAUGUUUGUGACCGGUGACUGUAGCCAUGGAAACGAGGCGGCAGUGAUGUGUGCGCCACCUGAAGGCAGCGGCCCCCCGCUGCGAUUGGUUGGAGGCGAGGAGGACUUCGAAGGUCGCGUGGAGGUGUUUCACGCAGGGCGCUGGGGCUCUGUCUGCGAUGACCAGUGGGACGACAGAGACGCCGAGGUGGUGUGUCGACAGCUCGGGUUCGGGGGGGUGGCAAAGGCCUGGUCCUGGGCUCACUUCGGUCAGGGUUCAGGUCCCAUCCUGCUGGAUGCUGUGAAGUGCACCGGGAACGAGCUGUUCCUCGAUCAGUGUCCCCAUGGCGACUGGGAGCAGCACAACUGUGACCACAUGGAGGACGCCGGGAUCUCCUGCAGUCCAUAUACAGACGGCGUGGUGCGUCUGGUCGGAGGGGACAGUCCGUGGGAGGGCCGAGUGGAGGUGCUUCACAACGGCGACUGGGGGACGGUGUGUGACGACCACUGGAGCCAGCAGCAUGCGGAGGUGGUCUGCAGGCAGCUGGGCUACAGGGGUCACGCUGAGGUCGUCGCCGACGGGGCUUUCGGCGAGGGCGUGGGCCUGAUCCUGCUGGACGACGUGCACUGUGAGGGGUCCGAGACGUCCCUGCUGGACUGUAGACACGGCAUCUGGGGCCGGACGGACUGCUCCCACGGGGAGGACGUGGGUGUCCGCUGCAGAGCGAGGCCCAGCCAGGAGACCAACGAGGUGCCGGUGAUCUCCCCGUCCACAGGUCCCCUGGUGCGACUCGUGGGCGGCAGCAGCAGGAAGGAAGGUCGAGUGGAGGUGUAUCUCCAUGGCGACUGGGGGGGUAUCUGCGACUCAGGCUGGAACGACCUGAACGCCGCCGUGGUGUGCAGACAGCUGGGACACGGCGGGGGGGCCGUGGCGGUCGGGGGCUUCGGCCAGGGGAAGGGACCCGUGCACCUGGACCAGGUGAGGUGCACGGGCAAGGAGGAGUUCCUGGGGGAGUGUCCGUCCAUGGGCCAGAACAUCCGGGGCUGCAGGCGCCGGGAGCAGGCGGGGGUGCGGUGUGACGGCCCCCCGAGGGCGGCGGCGGCCGAGGCCCGACCUCAGGAGCCCAGCUGUGGGCUGAGGAAGCAGGUGGAGGACGAGGGCAAGAGGACGGACCAGGGGGAGGAAACCUCACACAGGACCUCGUGGCCGUGGCAGGUGUCCAUCUGGCUGCCGUCUCAGGGAGAAGACCGCGGCCCCGUCUGCAGUGGGACUCUGAUCAGCCCCUGCUGGGCGCUGACCUCUGCAUCCUGUUUCAGCAGGUUCGGCAGCGAUCCAUCCAGGUACGUGGUGCGCAUCGAGGGGUCGGGGCGAACUGUCCCCCCGGAGCAGGUGGUGGUUCACAGGAAGUUCAAGGGUCAGAGUGGAGGCCACGACGUGGCCUUACUGAAGCUGCCCAGGACCAAAGGUCACUGUCUGACCUUUGAGGCCGACACCAACGCGGCAUGUCUGCCUGCUGCUGACGCCGGGUCCGGCGGGAAGACGCCAUCUUCCUGUGUUGUCAUGGUUACCACCAGGUGGACAGGACCAGACUCUGUUCUUGCUUCCUGGGUCCCUGUGAUGUCAUCGUGGCAGUGUAAGAAGCGCUAUGGCAACAGCUUCUCCACUCAUGGCACACUUUGUGCUGGCAGUCCUCCAGACACAAGCCCCCUCCACGGCGACGGCUGCCUAGGCAACUCCGGAGGCGGCCUAGUGUGUCAGGAGGAGACGGGUCGAUGGGUGCUCACCGGGGUGGUUGCCGGCGGUUACGGCUGCGCCGACCCCUCCUCCCCGGCGCUGUACACGCGAGUCAGCCGCUUCAGGAGCUGGGUGGACGAGGUCACGGACGAGGUCACAGAGGAGGUCACGGACGAGGUCACGGACACUCACGGCCGUCCACAGGAGACGCAUGCGCACACAGAGACACUCACUGACAAUGACCUGACACACACGUACGAGGAGCACACACGCCGCGGCGGCAAGGUUGGCCACUCCCACGGGCACUCCGACGUCAAACACACACACAGCCAAAUCAAUGAGAUCAAACACAAACACACACACUCUCACACUAAGAGCAUGCACAUGUACUACGCGGAGGACACAAACGAGCAGGUGGUGGUGUGACGGAGGCCGCGCCGAUGGCUGCCACCUGUGCCACGUGACGCCCGAGGAGAGAAAAAUGAAAGCAGACAAAAAGAAAAAAAAGAUGUUCCCCCUUUAAAGUCUCAAUCCGAUCUGAAGUGAGUUGUGUGAAGCGUGCGGCGGCGGCGGGGCUGUGGACGAGCCCGGCCCGUGGGCGGGAUGACAGGCCUGUGGGUGACCGCUGGAACAGAACCUGAUGGACGAGCCGCCAGAUCCACCCGCAUGCCGAACAGGAACACCGAACAACCUCUAAAAUCAGCACGGCAUGUAUUUAACAGUCAUUUUCGAGAUGGUCUAUGCUCACUCCAACAAUUAAUGUGUCCUCGGUGCGAGUCGGCAGAAAAUUGUACAAAACUAACCCACGGAGUGUCUGCGUUGUAUUUAAGCCGGCUGCAUCGACUCCGACUCUCCAGGACGGCGGAUGAGGAUCAACCCCUGCAGCAGGCGAGCCUCCUUCCCAGUUUUGUAAAAAUUCACGUGGGUUUCUUUUUCAAACAGGGCUCAUCGUCCCAGACCUUUACUGCUCAAAGUGCUGUAGCUCAUUUAGGAACCAUAAGAAGCUCCGCAUCCUGGGACCGUACCGCUGAUUUAGCAUGCUUUACUGUAUUUAUGAUAAGUAAUCUGCAGAUAAGGUGGAGAUUAUUAGCCUCUUCAGGUCUAGAGAUGAUGUUUAGGCCCGUUUGGUUCAGCAGGUUGUAGUCCUCGUGCAGCCGGCCCGGGUUCUUCUCCCAGUCUCUUCCCGUCACCUCAGCCCCAUUUUCCUGCCAAGCUACUAUCAAUAAAGACCAAUAGAGCCACAAAAUAUUUAAAACAUAUCUUCUUCUUAAAGUGCGGGGGAGAGAAACAAGAACAAGAAUUUGAGAUUAUCAUUUAAGACGAGCUUUGGUCACUGAGCAGUUUGUAAUCAUAGAAAAGAGCAUUAUUAUAAAGAAGUCUGCUUCUCUAGAUUUAGGUUCCUGCCGGCUCUUCCAACCAGAACCAAAAUCAUCGUCCUGAAGUCUUGAUGAUACUGACCUCUUAAAGAGUGCUAAUGAUUUUGACCUUUACUGCAUACUUUUAUUCGAUAACAUCCCAAAUACUGGAUGAAAAAACAAGAAAUGAGAGUAAACAAAUGUUUAAAAAGUGUUAAUACAACGUGGAACAGAAUUGACCUCUAUAGCAAACCUCUUACCGUCACCAUUGACGUUAAAUGGGUGUAAAUAUUUCUGUGUUUGCAGCUUUUGGUGCCAAAGCGGCGGUAUGGUCCUCUAAAAUUGUACAGGACACAUCUCUCCUUUCCACGCCAGCGGAGCCUGGCUGUGUGGUCAUGAAAACCCUUUUGUACGGCUUUAGAUAGAACCAGUAGAUAGAUGCUCAGAUGGAGGGAUAGAUAGCUGCUGCUCCUCCGUUUAGAUAGUAUGUGUUGUAGAUAACCAGCCUGUCCCAGUUCAGUGUCGUCUGCUCGGCCCUUCUUCGAGCGGACGUGUGAUCAAACCAGAAGAUGGCGGCGUUGCUCUAUUUUCUUCACGUCCUAGAAGACGUGGCCAUUGAUGGUUCUUUUCUACCGUUGUUGUAAGUAUAUGGACUCGUGUUGAAUGUACCGUGAACCAUUGUGUUGUGAGGCAUCUUGUGACCCGCUAAACCCGUCGUCUGUCCCCGCGAGGCCGACCCCCCCCGCGCCCUUCCCCAGACUCGAUGUUCUACCAUGUAGAUCCUGUAGGCUCAUGUAGAAGCUGUACGUCUCCCAGAAGGCUGUGAGGGUGCAGAACCCGUCAGGUGUACUGUGUACUGUGCUGAAUCAUGGUUGACUAUUAAAACAUAUACCUGCUGGGAAAGCUCCGCUGUGCUCCUGUGG